AUGAGCUUUGCCAAGAAGUACAACAACAAGGACCUAAACAAGAAGCAAGCCAACAAUGCCAAAGCCAUGGAUGAACGUGCUAAGGCUGUGAAGGGCUCUUGUCAAGCACAAAAAGGCCAAGCCCCGGAUCCCAAAGGGCUUGGGAAGCAUGCUAGGACUUACAUUGCUAAGGGGCUCAGACUUAACCGACUAAAAUCCAAAGCCAAGACCGAAGCUCCAGAAAAGUCCUCAACUCAGGCGCCAGCCAAGGCUGCAGCCCAGGAACCAGCUAAGGCCUCAACCCAGGCUCCUGCUCCAAGUCAGGCUCCCAAAGGUGCCCAGGCCCCUGGAAAGGCUCCAUAA